GGAAGAAUCAAAACGAUUCUGCUAUUUGGUAGCUUAGCCCGAAUGUGCCUCCAAAUAUGUGACAAACGUGAGGUUAACCAAUUUUCGGACACUCUCUUUAUUUUAUUUGUCAUCACCUGCAAACCAUGGCGGACUGUAAGUUUCUGUUGGACACGGACAUCUCGGCCAAAAGGGACUGUUGCUGUUUCUGCUGCUCUUGUUGUUAUUGUAGCUAGCGCUAGCGUCAGCUAAUUUAGCUCACUGCUGUCUUCGCUCUCAGCAUAACCGAUGUUGAUUCAUUGCUGCGGGGCAGUGAACCGUAAAAACAAGGUAACUCUGGAGCAAGUUACAGACAUCGACAACUGUCCUUAGCCAUGUUUAUGUUGCGCUUCUUGACACAUUAGCUAAUUAGCCUUAGCCAAUACUUUAGGCAAGGUUGCACUGCACGACAUGCUAACGUUAUUUAACAAGUGAAACAUCAAAGUUACAGCUGCGUGCUUUAAGAGAAGACACCUCAGUGAAAAUGAUGUUACUAGCUAAAGUCAGCUAACACACCUACGCUGCCAGCAGUUACAGCUGUCUGCUAGUUUUAACAUGGAGCAGCAGACAGCAGCCAGUGACAUGGCUCUCGGUCUUCACCACACAUCUGUCUGAGCUGUAACGCCCGUGAAGGAGAAACCAUGUCUUGCAAAGCUGCAACCAAGGACAAGAAGCCGAGCUUCAGCAAGAAGCUGUUCAGGCGAGGCUCUGUGCGCUCUGUAGGCAGUUUCAUGAGCAGAGUCCUCAGGACACUGACGGCGCUAUCCCACUUUGGCUCUGAGGUGCAGACAGAAGAUGACAAAGAUGAUGGAGGAUUCUCCACAUUCAAAUCUGGGAGUAAAGAUGUGCCCAUGGAUGAUGGGGAGCUCGCAGGGUUUCUGUCUGGAGAGAGAGUUCCUGGAGUGUCAGGCCUCAAGAACCACGGGAAUACCUGCUUCAUGAAUGCAAUCCUGCAGUGUCUCAGCAACACUGAACUCUUUGCUGAGUACCUCGUUUUGGAGCACUACAAAGGUGAGGAGCUGGAUGAGGACAAACCAAAGACAAAUGGCGUACUUCUGCAGAAGAAGGGUCCUCUGGCCAAAGGAGAAGUCACAGAGCAGCUGUCAGGACUUGUGCGGGCUUUGUGGACGUUUGAAUAUACCCCACAGCAUAGCAGGGAUUUUAAGAAUGCUGUGUCAAAAAAUGCCACCCAAUUCAAAGGGAACGCUCAGCACGAUGCUCAGGAGUUUCUGCUGUGGCUGCUGGACAGAGUACACGAAGACAUCAACUCAGUCAACCCCAACUGCAGACCUGCUAUAAAGCCACCCAUUGAAGAAGACGAUCAGAGCAUAGAGGGGCCGUCUCCUCCCCUCUCUGCCGGGUCGUUUGUACAAGAACUGUUUCAGGCUCAGUACAGGUCUUCUCUUACGUGUCCACAUUGCCAAAAGCAGAGCAACACGUUUGAUCCCUUCCUCUGCAUCUCCUUACCGAUCCCACUGCCGCACACACGGCCCCUGUAUGUGACAGUGGUGUACCAGGGGAAGUAUUCUCACUGCAUGAGGAUCGGAGUGGCUGUUCCCCUCAACAGCACCGUCUAUCGCCUCAGAGAUGCUGUGUCACGUGAGACCAAGAUCCCAAUGGACCAGUUUGUUUUGACUGAAAUGUACUAUGACGGUUUCCAUCGUUCAUUUUGCGACGAUGACGAUGAUCUCGACAUCAUUCAAGAGAGUGAUUCCAUAUUUGCCUUUGAGACACCAGAGACCUUCAAACUGGAAAACAUACGCACAAAAAGAGGAAGUCUUCUGGCAAACCUGAAUCAUAACAACUUGAAGUACGGGCCAGAGAUCAGCAGGACUCCGUCUUUCAUGCAGGGGGCCAUGACUCCUUUAUCUGCAUCCCCCAAUAAAAACCUGGGACCAGAGAAAAUGAUCCUUCUGGUGUGUAACAGGGCUUGUUCCGGCCACCAAGGAAAGAGGUUCGGACUACCUUUUGUACUGUACAUGGAACGCACUGUGACCUGGGAUGCUCUACAGAAAGAGAUCCUGGAGAAAAUGCGUCAUCUUUUGAGGCCAGGUGUCUACAUUCAGGUUGGACCUUUCAGUCUUCGGGUGGUCGGCGUUGUUGGUAUCACCUACCUCCUUCCUCAAGACGAGCGACCACUGUGUCACCCAACUGUGGAAAGAGCCUACAAGUCCUGUGGACAAGGAGGGCCGCCGCAUGUGAAGAUUGUGGUAGAGUGGGACAAAGAGACCAAGGACUAUCUGUUUGGACACACUGAGGAGGAGUACAUUCCUGAUGCUGAGAGUGUGUAUCUGCACAGGGAGCAGCAUCAUCAGCCGCAGGCCUGCACCCUCGCUCAAUGCUUCCAGCUCUACACUAAGGAGGAGCAGCUGGCCCCAGAUGACGCCUGGCGCUGUCCCCACUGCAAGCAGCUGCAGCAGGGCCGCAUUAAGCUCAGCUUGUGGACGCUGCCGGAUGUCCUUAUUCUGCAUCUCAAGAGGUUCAGACAGGAAGGGGACCGGAGGGUGAAGAUGCAGAACAUGGUGAGGUUCCCACUGAUGGGCAUGGACAUGGCACCUCAUGUGGUGAAGAGAAGCCAGAGCAGCUGGAGUUUGCCUUCCCACUGGUCGCCAUGGAGACGCCCAUAUGGCCUGGGAAGAAACCCCGACGACUACCUGUAUGACCUGUAUGCUGUGUGCAACCAUCAUGGGAACAUGCACGGAGGCCACUACACGGCGUACUGUAAGAACUCCAUUGAUGGUCAGUGGUACUGCUUUGAUGACAGCGAGGUUUCAUCAGUACCUGACGAUGACGUGUGUCAGCAGACGGCCUACAUACUGUUCUACCAGCGGAGGACAGUUAUCCCCUCCUGGUCUGCUAACAGCUCUGUUGCUGGUUCCACCAGUUCAUCCCUGUGUGACCACUGGAUCAACCGGUUACCUGGCAGUAGGCCUGCUAGCUUGGCCUCCGGAGCCUCAUCCAGACGCACCUCUCUGGCAUCGCUGGCUGAGUCAGUAGAGUUUCCAGGAGAACGCAGUGAAGAUGAUGGAGGAUUCUCUGUUCGCCCUUUUGUGAGGAGCAUUCAGCGCCAGAGCUUGUCUUCCAGGUCAUCCAUCGCUAGUCCCUUAGCCUUCAGCGACAGUGGGAUAAAGCCUUCCUGGUCUCUCUCUGCAAAGCUGCACAUGAGAUCCAACUCCCCCUCACGUUUCUCCCUCGACUCUCGAUGUUCUCCUCCUCUGGAGAGGAUAGGCGAGGCCUGCGAUGACAAAGUUUCCACGUCCUGUUUUGGCAGCUACAGUAGACACGAACGCUACUUCGGCAGCAGGACUCCCCUGUCCAUGAUGGAGAGCAACUUCAGUGACCACGACAACAACAAAAGGUUCCUUGACAUGAUGUACUGCAGGGCUCCCACUCCAGUGGAUAAGAAGAGCACCAAAAAUGAGUCAACUGAAAACAACAACCAGAUCACAGCUAUAGACCAAAACAUUCUACCCGCCCAAGCUACUCCCUCCAAAGAGCAGAAGCGUAAGAGCAGUAUAGGAGGAUUUGGCUCAAAGGCAGAAAGCGCAGGCUCCACAAAGAGUUCCAGCAAAGUGGAGCAAGAGAAGACUUCCAAAAAACGUUUGUGCGCAACUCACAAGACCUCCACUGCUGAGACGUCUUCCGGUACACCUGUGAAAGGCAAAAAGGUGAGCAAUACUAAAGAAAAGAGUGUAAAGAAAAGCACCUCUACACCCUGUGGAACUCCCUCCAAAACAAAGGAGGCAAUUCGGCCUCUAGAUGCAACGCCACAACGGAAGCCAUUAGUGAGCUCCACACCUCAGUCCUCAGCUUCUCCCUCGCCCACUGCAAAGAAGAAUUCCAGUGUCACUGAGAAAAACUCCACGAGUGGUCGGAAAAGGCUGGUAGAAAGGAGCUACAGCAGAGAUUCUAUGCACACGAGUCCCCUGGUCGACAGUCUCCGAGGCAACUUGGCAUCGCGCUCUUCACUGUCUAAGAGUGGUGACAGCACCCGGCCUGAGAGGAGAUCAGUGAGGAGCUCCAGCAGCAGCUCUUCCGUCACUAGCCUGCGCUCCCCGAGCGUAUCCACCAGAGACCUGCAGCGCAGCAGCAAAUCUGAGGAAAAAGGGUUGUCUUUCUUCAAGAGCGCCCUCCGACAAAGGGAAAGCCGCCGGUCGGCUGAUUUAGGAAAAAGCACCUUGCUUGCCAAAAAGGCCUCAGAGAGGACAUGCAAGCAGAACGGACAAGCUAAGGACAUGGGUGGUGAUACUGGAAAAACAGGAGACGCUGUGUCUUCACAGACGUCCGUAGAGACUAAUGGAGGUGAGACAAAGUCAGAGACAAAGGAGUCUUCCAAGCCCCCCAGCUCUCUCAGUCGCACUCUGUUAAAUGUCGGCAAGUCCAAGUCUUCCACUUCUGAAGUAAGUCUCAAGUCUCCCUCUAACGGGAAGAAGCCUCUCGAAAGGAUGGCGUCUUCCCGAAAGCUGUCAUCAAGCAUGCAAUCUCCUGCACGUACAACAAAGAGGCCUCAAUGAUAUAUCCAUAGUAGUUACAUUGAACUCGCAUAAUGCAGCUAUUUUCUUUGUGCCUAAGUUUCAGUGAGCGCCAGGUGUAUUUGUAAAGAGACACACUUUUUGAUGUUACGGUUUUGUACACUGGAAUAAAAUACACACGCUGGCGUUGAAUUACAAAUAGUGGCAGCCGGCUUCGGGAAAUUUUAGCUGUGCUGCAUAGAAAGUAAAGUACUGUACAUCAUCUGCAUAUUUUGGGUGCCAAACAGAUGCUUGGUAUGCCGCCAGUUUGAGUUUUUGGAGCCGUGUGUAUUGUUACCAAUUACACCUUUUGAGCAUUAGGUAAUGUUUUGAUGCGAGUGAGACAAUCGCUUGACACGUUCAAUGUUUCCCUGGCAUGGCAUGCCAUAUGCAUUCAGCUGACCUGUCUGAUUGUGUGUACUUGAGGCUUAUAUGACAGCUGACAGAAUUCCCUGUUGGAAUCUUCGAAAUCCAAUUAUCUCUCCUUGAGACAAGAGGCUUGUGAUAUCUUCGAAACGUUGCAGACAUUAAGUUCAGUUUGCUUGCAAAACAUCCUGCUGGCUACACUGGAUUUAAAAUGCAGCAGCUUGUACAUUAAAAGAAAUUAAUGGGGUAAGGAGCAUUCUCACCCCCCACCCCGUAUGCACCAACAAUGCAUAAUUUGUCUCGUGGAAUAACAUUCUUCAUCAUUAUUCAGAUGGAAUUAAGCUGGCUUAAACCUAACUGCUGUUCUAUAAGCAUUUAAAGCUCAACGUUAGUGAGAACAGAACCGUAACAUCAAAAAAUAAUCUCUGGACAAAUACCGAAACUGGGUUGACGCUCACACACACACACACACACACACACACACGCACACGCGCACACACGUACAAAAGAGUUUCAUUCCGAAAUAAUGGUGGCUAAGCAUUGGCAGUAGUUCUCAUUGAUUGUUUUAAGCCGAUCAAAUUGACCAUUGAUGGGUGAAACCUGCUUUGCAAACCCUUUCUUCACACCUCAUUCAUUGGGGAAAAAGACAUUUGUGGACUUUAUUUAGUGAUAAUUUCACUUUCAUGUCUUAAGAGUGUUAAAGAUUGAUAGCUGAAAACACACAUAAGAGACUUCCUGAGUAUGAACAUUAGAAGAAUAGAAAUACAGAGGUGACGACAAGAAGUGGACCAAAACAGAAACUAUUUGAGAAAGAAUUAGAAUCGGUACUCACGUUGAGACAAGUUUUCCGAUAAAAACCUUAUUUUUGUUUCUUACUAGUACUUUUUUGAUAGAAAUGUAUUUUAUCAAAUGCUCAAAAGCUUUUUUUUUGUCACAGGGACAAUGUGUUUUGGAAUGAAACCCUUUAAAAUCAAAGUAUAUGAAUCCAUAUAUAUGUGUAUGUAUAUAUAUAUGUGUCCGUACAGAUAAUGACAAAUAUAGUAUAGUAUAUAACUUUUCCCUUCCAUGAGCAAGAUGAAAAUUAUCUUAAGCGCCUUUCAAUACUGUACAUGGAAACAAAUAAUUGCCUUUGGCAACAUAGUAGUCUACUACUGUAUGCAUCACUGAGUAGGAAUGUUGUAUUGUUCGCACUUUGUAUAGAUAAAGUAGUUUUCUUUUAUCCAGAGUAGUUAUACACACACACACAUACACACACACACACACACACACACACACAUACACACACUAACUUAGCAAUGUAAUUAUCUCAUUUUUAAUAUGUUGUCAUGAUUUCAAGACAUAUCGUAGAGUCGUGUCAACAGGCCUUAGAGUCGUAAUGGUAAAAGGGUACAUUCAUCUUGAUGUUUCAGGGGUCGUUUUAAGGAAUCGCCCCUUUACUACACCUGGUGCUGUAACAGACCGAUGCUCCUCUGGCACUGAUAUUUCUUAAAACGAGCAUAUUUUCAAAUGCUGAUGUUCAGAACUGUGACCACACACUUCAGUGAGCCAGAAACCUGUUGGCAGCGAUUAUCAUAACCUGUGGUACCUCACUGGAGAAGACAACGCCAUUUCUUUCUUCACAUGGCUGAAACAGAAUAUUGGUAAUGAGCCAUUUAAUUAAUCAUAGAGCUCCAUUUCUAUUGUCUUUGAGCAGUUGUUUAGAUAUGUAGGCUUUUACUGCACGCUGGGUUUGUUUUGCAGUAAAGUGACAGAAGCAAAAGCAGAGGCAGGAAGUUGUCACUGCAGCUGUCAUGAUGCUCGCUGGCCUCGUUUUAAACAAUCAGCAUUAUCAUUUCAGAGUUACUCCACCUGCAACUGCAAUAUCCGAACAUUAGAUACCAGCAUAGUGUAUGUUUUUAAUGAAUGAAUGUGGUUCUGCCAUUAAAAUCCAACCAUUAGUUAGUUCUUACUUUAAACAUUCAUACAAUCUUUUACUUGUAGAUCUACAGUAUUCCUCUCAGCUGUUUCCCUGUAGCAUUUACCAGGUUUACAUUGGUUCUCAGAUGGUUUCAGAGGAAAUACAACGCAAUUUAAAAUUGUACGUGUAUUAUUUAAAUGGCCUGAACAUGGUUUGAGCAAAUCAGUUUGUGAGCUUUUUUGUGUUUUUUGGCAACACAGUUGUGUAACUUAACUGUGGUGACUUGCGAAAGUUGGAUAGCAAGUUGAAGGCUACUAAAUAAAACCAAAAUUAGAAACAACAGAGCACAUGUCAAGCUAAAAACACAGUAGACUUAAUAACAGGGAUGCACCGAUUGUGAAAUUCUGGGCCCAUACUUGUGUUAAAAAUAAUAAUUUGGCCAAUAUUGAUGUUUAUUUUGUUUUCGUUGUUACUAAUUCCUCUUUUUUUUUUUUCCCCAGGGAAACGAAAUCCUCAUUGUAAAAUAAUAACCAAACAGUUUUAAAGUCAUUUAGUCGUUCAUUAUACUGUCUACAAAUUCAGUCAUACAAAUUUAUGAAAUAACUUUGUUCUUUUAUUCACAAAAAGACAUCGUUUUUGAAAUAAUAACUUAUUCCGAAGCCUUUUUAAAGAUAUAUAAUAUAUUGUAAUUUCCUCUUUAAUAUCUAUUUUAUAUUGCUGUGGAAACAUCAACAAAUUUCUCCUUCAAAGAACAAUAAAUUUUAUAAGAUUACAUUUGAACACAUCAUGAUAAUGUUAUAAUCUACUUUUAUCCAAUUUUUUCUAACUAGAGCUUGAACACAUCUUAACGUAACUUAAUACAACCUCCGUUAGCUGUUAGUGUCAGCAACCGGCUGCUAAUAGCUAACGUAAAUUAGCACUCCUCCUGACUAUUUCAACACGGUUUCAAAUAAGGUGCAUCCCCUGAUUUUUAGUUUACUGCUUCUUUUCGGCGUCCUGGGAUCUUUGAUCAUCCCAGACACAUAUCCUAUUGUCUAUGGGACGACGGGACGCUGUUAAGCCUGUGCAAAAUUGAUGUGACACAGCAGAAAAGUAUCAGCCACCGUCAUCAGUGAAUGUCACCUUAUUUCCUGCAAGGCCAAUGACGGUCAACAAGGCUAAUAUCGGCUUAUACCAUAGUCUUCCCUACUAAAAAAUGUAUUUGUUUAAUUCCUAUUGAUAGUUUAUUGAUAGUUUCCAAAAACCUUACGGGACCCUUUUAAUGCCACACCAUUAGAAAAAGUAAAGAGGCUGCUUUGCUCAAACUGUCAGUGGCCAUAGAAAUAACACACUGCUGUUUAAACGUUGUGGUUUUCCUGUAGCUGCUCUUUUCUACUUAACAUUGUAAUCUAUCAGGAACCUGUGCAUGGCACUUUGGAUCAAAGCAGGACAAUUUUCUGUCAUUUUGGCUUUCACCGUCUUGUUUGCCUGUUUUAAAGUCUGUAAUUAAGUUGUAGUGGCUAGUGUGUCGGGCUGGAUCAUGCCGUCAUUCCUCCACUCGCUAAAGGGGACGUUUAUUGGAUUACGAAUCCAUUUGUGUAGCCAGAACCCAGUGCAUUAGGAUUUUUUUAACAUCUUAAUUAAGUUUUUAGAUGCGUUGUAAAUAAGCAUCAGUAGAUAAUGUCAGUCAUUCUGUAUAUUGCUUAUGAUGUCUGAAUAAUUUGAGAUCAUAUUGAACUAUCAGUGAGGCUGAUGAGGGGAGAGGUUAAAUCUGAAAGCUGCAGCCUGUGUUUUCCAACCACUUUUCAUUCAUCCAUAACAAUUGUAUUUGUAGCACCACAUUGCCUACAUAAUUGUUUUUGGUUUUACAACAUGUUAUACGAGACGGUUCCUUCACUGAUUCUAUGAAGUUCUGUUUUGCAGAGUUCUUAUAAACACCCUGAUGUAUGAUUUUAAUGUCUACAGUAUCACUUUGGUCCUGUGUUACGUCACAGGGACCUGCUGUCAAAACAUCUUAAUCAGUGGCUUCCAGUCAUGAAAUAACCUUUUUAGUUUUAUUACACCUAUAGAUAGAGCAAUAAUCAUCUCUUUCAUCAAUUAGACUAAGAAAGCUGAGGUUUGAAUUACCAAAAAGUGUAACAUGGCUGACUUUUGAGAGCUCAAAAUGCCAGUGAAGACCAGACACGUACUGUACUCCGUAUGAAAAGUACAUACAGUAUAAUAAUCCAAAUACCUGUUGAAACAAGAUGUCAAGAAAAAAAAAAGAAUCAGCAUCUUUAUAGAAUUAAUUUUCCUCUCUAGCUUUCGUCACCGCAGUUAUCGUCUGUUUUUUUUUUUUUUUAAAUUAGUUGUCAAUGUACAGAUUUGAGAAUGAUUAAGGAAUGCAGUAUUGCAUGAAAACGCUAAUGCAUGUAUUUCAUUAACUAUGCAAGAGUCUGCGGCCGUGUCACGUAGAAAGCAGAGCAUGGCUGGUAUAUCCCAUUGCUUAAUUUGCACACCAUUCCAAUAUUUAGAAGUUGUAAAUGACAAACUAUUUCAUCUGUACAGUUAAAAGGAUUCAACUUUAAGUAAAAAAAAAAAAAAAUCUAUUUAAUGCCAUAAUUCCUUUUAGCAUCCUACCAUUUAAUGUUUAUAUAUAUUUUUUAUGUUUUUUUCACAGUAUGUUAUUUUGUAACUCUGCUGAUCUGUGCUCUCUGGGUGCUCCUACCAAACUGGUAGGUUACACUGUCUUUUGUUUUUGGACAAGAUGUUUAAUAUUAACCGUUGUACACCAGCAGAGACAACACUAUGGAUGCGAUAAUCUCUACGUGGUUACUAAAUAGCCUCAUGUAUGGAUGUAUUGUGAAAAAGCCUUUCAUUAAUUCAGUGAUAACAGUUUGUGAACCCCUGUCGAAAUGCCCUCAGCUGCAUCGAAGAUGUGGCCGGACUCUCAUAUAAAGGCAACUCUAAUAAAUAAAUAUAUAUAUAUAUAUAUAGUUAAAUGCAAUAAAGAUAGUAAAUUUGUAGUUUUAUAUUAUAGUAUGUAACGAACAAUGACAUUAAAAUGUAAAUGUUCAGUUGAUACUUUUUGUAGAAUUCACUCCACGUCGAUCAUUGCAAUCAUUUUUAUUUUUUAUUUGAAACAGGGUCAGCAAACAGCAACGUCAUCGUUUUUUCUGUUGACUGGUGAAGUGGGUGUGAAACAUUAUUGAAGUUGUUAAAAUGCAUACGUUAAAUAAGAUUAGAGAAUCCAGCGGCUGUUUUGUUGAUUAACAGAGUUCCAAAACUUUUUUAGGGUGAAACCAUUAAUUAAUGACAUUAUCUGCAACAUUUUUGUGUAAUUUUCUCACUGAAUCAAAGUUGCAAUAACCACUGAAACUGAGACACCAAAAUCCUUUCGUUGAGCCACAGAUUUCAGAUUCAGCCGAGAUAUCGUACAGCAAUACAGCUGUGUGUCGUCCUGGAUAUUAAAGGACUCCAAAUACAUAACUUCAACAUGUGAGUCUGGGUUUAAAUUGUUUUCGGACUUAUGUAAACACUACAAACAGAAGCCUUAAGCAACACAAAUUGUAAUAGUUGGUUUGUAUCUUCCUUCGGAUGAAACCAAGGAGCUGUGUAACGAAUGAAUGAAUGUCACGAGUCUCAUUUUAAUGUUUUUUUAAGCUCACAAAGAACACUACAGUGCUACAUGCAUAGCACGUCUCCCCUUUGACCUUUACGUCUUAUGUUCUCUUUUUUAAAGUAUAAUUCAUAACGCAUUUUGUAAAAUACAGUGUGUUGCAUUUAUUGAGAUUUUUUCAUGUAUUACGGCUGUUUUACUGUAUUCCUUGUCGUGCCAGGUUCAUGAGGCUUCGUUUCUUUUUAAUAUAUAUAUGUAUUCGAGCCUCUGUUCCACCAUUUGCCUCUUCAUUUUCCCUUAAAUUCACUUUUCUAUUUUUUUAAGAGUUGAUCAAAGUGACAUUCAGUAGUUUAGUAGACUGUGUCAGAGUCUUCUAUGUUAAUUUAUUUCUCUUUUGUUAACAUGUAUGCACUUUUAAUGUUUGUUUUUUUUCUCUCCAAAAGGACAAAUGUGUAUAUACUAUGUUGGUUUACCCAUGCGAGUACAAAAUGGAAAC